GGAUUAGUAACACCCAGGCCUGAGGAAGAGUUGGAACGACUCACCAAGAAGUUGGUAUAUGAUAUGAACCACCCCCCUUCGGAGGACUAUUUUGGUCGCUGCGCCCGCUGCGGUGACAACGUGGUCGGUGACGGCAGCGGCUGUAUCGCCAUGGAGCAGGUCUUCCACGUGGAGUGUUUCACAUGCAUCACCUGCCACGCCCGUCUCCGAGGGCAACCCUUCUACGCCCUCGACAAGAAGAGUUACUGUGAGAGCUGUUACAUUAGUACAUUAGAGCGCUGUUCAAAGUGCUCCAAGCCCAUCCUGGACCGUAUCCUGCGGGCCAUGGGGAAGGCCUACCACCCUCGCUGUUUCACAUGUGUGGUUUGUAACUGCUGCUUGGACGGGGUGCCCUUCACCGUGGACGCAACCUCUCAGAUACACUGCAUAGACGACUUUCAUAGGAAGUACGCGCCUCGCUGUUCAGUGUGUGGUGAGCCCAUCAUGCCCGAACAGGGCCAGGAGGAGACCGUGAGGAUAGUGGCCCUGGACCGCAGCUUCCACGUUAACUGUUACAUCUGUGAGGAAUGCGGUCUCCUGCUGUCCUCUGAAGGGGAGGGUCGAGGCUGUUACCCGCUGGACGGCCACAUCUUGUGUAAGAGCUGCAGCGCUCGCCGCAUCCAGGACCUCUCAGCCAAAAUCUCCACGGACUGCUAACCAAACCUCCUGCGUCCUCUCACUCUCGCACAUCCACGGACGAGGCAACAUAUUACACGUCGGCGUUGAUAGUACAGAGAGGAAAUGCCUGUGCUUUGUUCAGAGUCGUGAGCUACUUUUUCUUUUCUUUUUUUCUUGGUUGCUCUGACUGUGAGUUGCCAUAAACAUUGCUAUAGUUCCCUCUGUUGGUAUCCAGCUGCAAUUUAAUUUACAGAGGAACAUUUACUGAUUUUAAAAUUAGAGUUCGGAUGGAGCAACCACCUUUGCUACCUUGUUUCCUUCCACUCAGAAGUCCGACGACAUUUUUCUUUCACUUGUGGUACACAGCUGCCCCAUUUUUCAUGUUUAGUUCAGUAUUAGUUUGACAGUGGCCUGACCUGCAGGCAGCUUGGGCUCCACUUACCAUUUAUUCACACCGGUACUGCUCGACUAUUAGCUCGCACAUUGUUAUGGUAUGGAAGGAUAUUAUAGAUUUAGACCUGAAAAUGAGGAGGGUUUUUUUUGUUUGCGAAAGAAGCAGCAUAAAUGAUAAUUAGGAUGACGGCUUGUCUUAAUCCGACUCAACGUCGGGACCUGUACAUUUGUAAAACACUAAACAUUUAAAGUGCAGAAACUGCCUCAAAACAAGCAUAUUAAAAAGCACAUAAUGCAACAACUGUGACUGUACAUAACAGGCUGGUUUGGUUUGAUGAUGAAACUGUUUUGAAAAAAGCAUGUAGCCUUUUUAGUGCAGUGAAAGUAGCCUCAUAGCACGAGAAAUGUAGACGAAAGGAAUGUGUAGUUCAAUUUACCACCCAGACCGUAGUUUUCUUUAGCUUUUCUUAAUCGCUAGUACAAUAUUCGCUACAUUAUAGUGUCAUGUUUCGUUAUUAAAUCAAAGCUCAUAACAGGAUUUUUGCCAUCUUUUUUUUUUAAUCAUCCAGAAUAACAUUUUUGAAUGUCUACAAAAACACAAUCUUGCUUUGGUUUGUUUAACAUUUGUUUUUGGUUGAUACUUGACUGUUACAUUGAAGAUGAUGGUGCAAUGAAGUCAAACACUUUGUUCUAAGGAAAAACAGGGUGUCGGCCUCUAACGGGGACAUCCUAUUGUGUGAAGCUUGAGCCUCGUGAAGAGUUUGUACAUGUGCCAUUUACGGGGGAAAUAUGAAACUAAAAUCAUACUCGAUUUAAAAGUAUAUGGGUUGAAUUCAUUUACUCGACAAAUACUGUUCUUCACAUUAGACAAAAUAAAAGUGGAAUUUAACGUGAUGUAUUUGUGAUUUUGGAAAACAGCUCUUCACACGCGUUUUUUUGUUCGUCCUUGCACUCACGUGGGCCAAGUUGUCAUUCUCUGAGACUUUGGAGCUACAGUAUUUGUUAUGAUUGUGUUUAACCUCUUGUCUUUCCGUCCUGAUUUUUGUACACGUGUAACUUUAAAGGGCUAGAAAUCUCAAAAGCCUUACCUCAAGGAUGUCACUCAGUUUCAUAAUGAUCCUUUUUUUUUUGUCUGUGAGUUCUGCUUUUUUUUUUUUGCUUUUGUGACAGAUCGUGAUCAUGCUAUAACGGUUCAGUUUUUCAUCUCUUGUUAAUUUAUCUUGUGACGUGUGUUAGCUUUAGAAUCCGCUUUCUAUCAACUUUAUAACUUCAUUCGUGCUCAGAUGUCCUUUUUUUUUUUUUUUUUAGAUCCUGACACAUUUCAUCUCUCGUGUCCUUGAAUCCCGUCAUUUUCUUUCCGUUACAUUUAUCCUCCUUUACUGUGUGUUCAGUUUGAAAUGCUGUGAAUUGGAGCUUGUAGAUCGAAGCCUGCGGUACUGCAGCGAACGUCUGAACUGAUGAAUUCACACUUGAGGCCAUUUUGUAUGAGCAGGUUGUUCAGUACAAAUGGCAGUUAGUUACACAGAGCAUGUGAACACAUUUUCUCCUAAUACAGGUUGUAGUAACAUAAUUAUUAAAAUGUCAACAAGUC